AUGCGUAGUAGGGCGUUGAAGUCGGGAAGUACGGAUAGAGAGAAAGUGAGGAGCAUCCAUCUUUUUUUUUUUGCGCUUGAAAAUUUUUUGCGUUUUGGCCAUCGCGAUUUCCGUGAUGUUGGACAUUUUGCUUCACACUGGAACUCACGCUUCUACUUUGGUGCGGGCAGCGAGGAAGUGAAGGGGAGCGGCCGUUUGACGGCCGUCAAUAUUCUUCUGCAAAAAGACGCACUGGACGAUGAGGAGCUGCGCGAACUCAACGCCAGGGGGGCUCCCACUCGACAGCCGGCUGUCAUACCGCAGGAAUUCGCACAGGAGACGACGCUCAUGGCAAAUGCUGAAGCAGCUUUGAUUGCACUGCGGAGAGAUUCUCCGUCUGUCACUGUUCUUGCAGACGAUGAAUGGAGUGCUGAGAAUGUUACGGGAGAAUGA